UUGUGAACAGCUUGAACACACAAUGGCAACUCGCUCACUCGCAGAUGCACGCGGCGCAUUCGAGGCUGGCAAUGCCGAUGCGUCUGCCCGCGCUCACGGUGCAGUUGGCACAGUCGGCAUCAACACUGACAGUGCUGAGGACUCUCCAUUAUUGGGCCGCCUGAAGGCAGAUGAGAAGCACCGAACGGGCCUCAGCGAGUACAUUCAAGCAAUCAUCUUUGGCGGUCUUGACGGCAUCAUCACAACGUUCGCUGUUGUCGCCGCUGGAGUCGCUGGCAACUUGGAGCGAAAGACAAUUCUGACCAUCGGAUUUGCCAAUUUGGUCGGAGACGCUUUCGCAAUGGCUGUGGGCGACUACCUGAGCUCGCGGGCAGAGCUCGAUCAUGCAAACUCGGAGCGAGCGCGAGAGGCGUGGGAAAUCGAGCAUGAUCCAGACACUGAAAAGAAGGAAAUGGUCGAAAUCUACGUAGACAAGGGUCUCUCGCAUGCCGACGCGGUCAAGGUGGUGGAUCUGCUCUUUACCAACGAAGACGCUUUCUUGAAUAUCAUGAUGAUGGAGGAGCUGGGCAUCAUGCCUCAAGACGCUUCCGUCGUGCCAUGGAAGAGCGCUGUCAUUACGUUCGUCUCCUUCAUCCUGUUUGGCGGCUUCCCGAUGCUGGCCUAUAUUUGUGCCGCAGACUACAACAAGAAGGCGGAUUUGGACGAGAUUUUCGGCAUUGCUGUUGGUUUGUUGGCACUUGCGUUGUUUGGCCUCGGCGCAUACAAGGGCCAAGUCAUUCAAGUGCCCUGGUGGCAGUCAGGACUGUCCAUGUUAAUUGUCGGAGGUCUCACAACCGUAGCGGCCUACUUUAUUGGUGAUGGAUUGUCAUCUCUCGCGUAAAGUGAGCACGCGGUGUGUUUGUCAAUGUGUUGUUAAGUGCUGCCAUUAUUCUUUGAAUCAAACUCUCAAAGCUA